GUUACAGAAACAACUACGAUGAAGCGAUCAGAGUAGAUUUUGGGAAGCCAGAUUGUUUUAUCCAUCCGUCUAUGUGUCCUAGCGACCGUAGGACUGGUAGCAGGCGGUGUGUUGGCAGGGCCAUCCUGGCAUUUGAGUCACACUUAUGAAGGGGCAGCCCCCGUUGUCGCCGAGGAGGGGGGCGGAUCUUAGAGGGGUUGUUAGCUAACAUGGCGGUGGUGACAGCUGCGGCGAGAGUCCUGGGAUCAAGUCGAGGCCUGGGCCAGGAUGGCCUACUGCUCUUGCGGCUGCUUGGGGUUCGGGGGCUGGCUAUAUCUCACCCCCAGAGGCAGCAGCAGCACUUCUCGUCCUUGGAUGACAAGCCCCAGUUCCCAGGGGCCUCAGCGGAGUUUAUAGACAAGCUAGAGUUCAUCCAGCCUAAUGUCAUCUCUGGGAUCCCCAUCUACCGCGUCAUGGACCGGCAGGGCCAGAUCAUCAACCCCAGCGAGGACCCCAAUCUGCCCCAGGAGAAGGUGCUCAAGUUCUACAAGAGCAUGACACUGCUCAACACCAUGGACCGCAUCCUCUACGAGUCCCAGCGGCAGGGCCGGAUCUCCUUCUACAUGACCAACUAUGGCGAGGAGGGGACACACGUGGGGAGUGCAGCAGCCCUGGACAACACGGACCUGGUGUUUGGCCAGUACCGGGAGGCAGGUGUGCUGAUGUAUCGGGACUACCCCCUGGAACUGUUCAUGGCCCAGUGCUACGGCAACGUGAGUGACCUGGGCAAGGGGCGCCAGAUGCCCGUCCACUAUGGCUGCAAGGAGCGCCACUUUGUCACCAUCUCCUCUCCACUGGCCACGCAGAUCCCUCAGGGUGAGGAUGCACGCCCUGGGCCUGCGGUGGGGGCGGCCUACGCGGCCAAGCGGGCCAAUGCCAACAGGGUCGUCAUCUGUUACUUUGGUGAGGGGGCGGCCAGUGAGGGAGAUGCCCACGCCGGCUUCAACUUCGCCGCCACCCUCGAGUGCCCCAUCAUCUUCUUCUGCCGGAACAACGGCUAUGCCAUCUCCACACCCACUUCUGAGCAGUACCGCGGGGAUGGCAUCGCGGCUCGAGGCCCCGGGUAUGGCAUCAUGUCAAUCCGCGUGGACGGCAAUGAUGUGUUUGCUGUGUACAACGCCACCAAGGAGGCCCGGCGGCGUGCCGUGGCAGAGAACCAGCCCUUCCUCAUUGAGGCCAUGACCUACAGGAUCGGGCACCAUAGCACCAGUGACGAUAGCUCAGCGUACCGCUCUGUGGACGAGGUCAAUUACUGGGACAAGCAGGACCACCCCAUCUCGCGGCUGAGGCACUACCUGCAGAGCCGUGGCUGGUGGGAUGAUGAGCAGGAGAAGGACUGGAGGAAGCAGUCUCGUAAGAAGGUGAUGGAGGCCUUUGAGCAGGCUGAGCGGAAGCCGAAGCCCAACUUCAGCCUGCUCUUCUCAGAUGUGUAUCAGGAGAUGCCCGCCCAGCUCCGCAAGCAGCAGGAGUCCCUGGCCCGUCACCUCCAGACCUAUGGCGAGCACUACCCCCUGGACCACUUCGAGAAGUGAGGCUUGGGGCUGGCCCGGUGGUGCAGCGAUUAAGUUCGCACGUUCCGCUUUGGCGGCCUGGGGUUUGCCGGUUCGGAUCCCUGGUGUGGACGUAUGCGCUGCUUGUUAAGCCAUGCUGUGGCAGGCA